AAAACAAUAGAUUUAAAACGAACUAAAAAAGCGGUGGAGAAUCUAAUUGUCCGAUUAGAUGCAGUUAAAAAGCGGCCCGGCCAGCAGAGAGCGCGUCAACCGGCCGCAGAAUUGAACGCAGACUAAAAGUGAACUAACUUCGUGGUCCCCGGGAAUCAAAGAAAGAGGUCCCCCCUUCAGCAAUUGGAUCGCAUCGGUUCUAUCGGGAGUUAUUAAUUGUACAAAUUUCAGGAACAGGCAGCUGCCCUGGAAGCCAAAGGAUGAACAAGGUGAGCAAGCACAUCCAGAGCGGAAUAUCAUCUAUGGGCGGCAGUGGUGGCUUGAACUCCUCGGCUCUGUUAGGAUCACCGCUAGACAUGGAUUCGAAUGGAGCUGGCUCGGCCACCAGCAACACCAAUGUCUUCAACUCCAUCAUGAGCUUCCUGCCCGACAAUCGUCCCAUAACAUCCCUCCACAUUGUCGAGGACUUUGAACGUUGCCCCAAAAACUUCAGUGCCAUUAACCGCACCUACGACCAGGAUUCGGAUGCGGAUCUGUGGCGGGAUUACAGUCUCUUUGGUCGCCAGAACACGCGCUAUUUGUGUUUGUCCAAGUCGGAGGGACUGCCGGAAUACGUGGUAGAAACUUUACAAGUCAUUGCCGAGAAGACUCAGCCGCCCAAGGAGUUCUCGCUUCUCUCCCGCACGGCGGACAGCGACCAGAAGGCCUGGCGCAAGCGGCAGAUCGCUUAUAAGCUCUCCAAACGUGGCACUGUCACCCAGGCCGUCACCGACAUCAUUCUCUGCUCGAAACUAAAGGUGGCACCCGAUGGAUUCAAGCUAGCUGGCGACAUAAACGGCGUCCUCAUCUGCUACAAGACGGGGGCCAUACCGGUGCGAAUGCCGCCACCACUGCCAGCGGGAAACGGAGCAGGGGCAACCUGCGAGGUGGAGCAGGCACUGAACAGGCUGAACAUGCAGGGACAGCGCAACUCCAGGGGACCGCUGCCACAGCCACCGACUGAGCAUCACGACUAUGAGGAGAUUAAGGCGAACUAUCAGAUCAACUCGCCGCAAAGACCGGCACCACCACGACCGGCGACAGCGGCGGCAUCAGCAUCGGGCGGCAAAGGUACUUACGGCGGAACCGGAACACUGGGCACCUACACGGAGCUGGAGGGGGUGCCCUUUGUGAUGGACGUUAGGUUGCAGCGCAACCAAACCGGAACUGAGAUACCCACACUGCCAGAAAUCUCAACGAUACUUAAGAACCUGGACUAUGACUUCCAGCUGGAACGCCAGAUACUGUGCACCAUGAAGUCAUCGGCAUCGAAGAACCCGUUCUUCAAGUAGACCAACCAUCACCAUCAUUGCAUAACUCAGAUUACGGAAUUAAUAAGCGAUCCAGCUGAUUAUUUUAUUUUUAGUCUAGUUUAAGCUCAAUCCCAGUAGUAGUUGUUUGAACUUGAGUUCAGUUCUCUCUUGUGUGUAAUAUUCCUGUGCCUUCGAUAUAUAUACAUAUAUCUCAUUUUCAUUAUGGAAGCAUGA